AUGCCUUCUCAGAAGCCUAGGAUCCUCAUCCCCGGUGGUGCCGGCUACAUUGGCUCGCACGUCGCCCUCGUCACCCUCCUCACCCGCAAAUACCGUGUCACGGUCCUCGACAACUACCACAAUGCCUUCCCCACUGCUGUGAAGCGUCUCGAGCAGAUUGCCAUUGACGAGCUCCCCGAGGGUGCCUCGCAGCAGGACAAGGACGACUGCAAGGUCGACGUCUUCAAGGGGGACCUGCGCAUCAAGGACGACGUCAACAAGGUCUUUGAGAGCUACAAGGGCGAAGACAAGAUCUGGGGUGUCAUCCUCUGUGCCGCUCUCAAGGCGGUGGGCGAGUCCUCCGAGAUCCCCAUCGACUACUACGAUGUCAACGUCGGCGGCCUGGUCAACCUGCUCAAGGCCAUGCAGGACAACGGCUGCAACCGUCUGGUCUACUCUUCGUCUGCUACCGUCUACGGCACGCCUCCCAAGGUGCCCAUCCCCGAGUCGACGCGCCUUGCGCCCGAGUCGGUCUACGGCCGAACCAAGUGGAUGAGCGAGAUCAUCAUCCGCGAUGUCUGCGAUGCCUACCCCGAGUUCCGCGCCAUCGGUCUGCGAUACUUCAACCCUGCUGGUGCGCACAAGUCGGGCAAGAUCGGCGAGGACCCUCGCGGCAAGCCCGGCAACCUUUUGCCCUUGCUCGCCCAGAUGGCCGUCGGCAAGUACCGCGAGGGGGGCCUCAAGGUGUUUGGCAACGACUACCCCACGCCGGACGGAACGUGCGUUCGCGACUACAUCCACAUUGAGGAUCUCGCCGGUGGCCACGUCAACGCUGUGGAUGCGCUCGACCGCGACGAGAUCUUUGCCGAGGGCAAGACCGAGACCAAGGGCAAGUACCGCGCGUUCAACCUAGGCAAGGGCGUCGGCAUGUCGGUGCUCAACAUGGUCGAGGCGAUGAAGAAGGUGUCGGGCUACGAGUUUCCUUACACCAUCGAGGGUCGACGAACGGGCGACGUGCCGGAUCUUACCGCCGACCCCACGCUGGCAGAGAAGGAGCUCGGCUUCAAGGCCACCCGCGACCUGGAUGCUAUGGCCGAUGACUUGUGGCGAUGGCAGAGCAACAACCCCAAGGGCUACGGCGAGCAGUAG